UGAUUCUUAAGGUGGUGGCAACGCUGUUAAAAAACUCCACACCAAGUGCAGAGCUGAUGGAAGUUCGACGUUUGUUCUUGUCUGAUAUGAUAAAACUCUUUAGUAAUAGCCGUGAAAACAGAAGAUGUUUACUUCAGUGUUCAGUGUGGCAGGACUGGAUGUUUUCUCUGGGAUAUAUUAACCCCAAGAACUCUGAAGAGCAGAAGAUCACAGAGAUGGUUUACAACAUUUUCCGUAUUCUCUUGUAUCAUGCAAUAAAAUAUGAAUGGGGAGGCUGGAGAGUGUGGGUGGACACUCUUUCUAUAGCUCAUUCCAAGGUCACAUAUGAGGCUCACAAGGAGUAUCUGGCAAAAAUGUAUGAAGAGUAUCAAAGGCAAGAGGAGGAAAACAUAAAAAAGGGGAAGAAGGGGAACGUGAGCACCAUCUCAGGUCUUUCUUCUCAGACAACAGGAGCAAAAGGUGGAAUGGAAAUUCGAGAGAUAGAAGACCUUUCACAGAGUCAAAGUCCAGAAAGUGAAACAGAUUACCCUGUCAGUACAGAUACAAGGGACUUGCUCAUGGCUACAAAGGUGUCAGAUGAUGUGCUUGGAAGUGCUGAGAGACCAGGAGGAGGAGUGCAUGUGGAAGUUCAUGACCUUUUAGUUGAUAUAAAAGCUGAAAAGGUAGAAGCUACUGAAGUAAAGCUUGAUGAUAUGGAUUUAUCACCAGAGACACUGGUAACUGGAGAAAAUGGUGCACUUGUAGAGGUCGAAUCUCUUCUAGAUAAUGUAUAUAGCGCUGCUGUUGAGAAGCUCCAAAACAAUGUUCAUGGAAGUGUGGGUAUUAUUAAGAAGAAUGAGGAAAAAGAUAAUGGUCCACUAAUAACUCUGGCUGAUGAGAAAGAUGAGCCUUCUAAUAACAGUACCUCAUUUCUCUUUGAUAAAAUACCUAGUCAAGAGGAGAAACUUCUCCCUGAACUUUCAAGUAAUCACAUUUCUAUUCCAAAUGUGCAAGAGACACAGAUGCAUCUUGGUGUAAGUGAUGAUUUGGGAUUACUUGCACAUAUGACAGGUAAUGUAGAUAUAACAUGUGCUUCAAGUAUAAUAGAGGACAAGGAGUUCAAGAUUCACACAACCUCAGAUGGAAUGAGUAGCAUUUCUGAGAGGGAGUUGGCCUCAUCAUCUAAAGGAUUAGAAUAUGCCGAAAUGACUGCCACAACUCUUGAGACAGAGUCAUCUGGUAGCAAAACUGUCCCUAGUGUUGAUGCAGGAAGUAUAAUAUCAGAUACUGAAAGGUCUGAUGAUGGUAAAGAAGCAGGAAAGGAGAUACGGAAGAUCCAGACAACUACCACAACCCAGGCAGUCCAGGGUCGCUCUGUCACCCAGCAGGACCGGGAUCUACGGGUUGAUUUGGGAUUUCGAGGAAUGCCCAUGACGGAAGAGCAGCGGCGGCAGUUUAGCCCAGGCCCACGCACAACUAUGUUUCGUAUCCCAGAGUUUAAAUGGUCUCCCAUGCACCAGCGGCUCCUGACAGACUUGCUUUUUGCACUAGAAACAGAUGUACAUGUUUGGAGAAGUCACUCCACAAAGUCUGUGAUGGACUUUGUCAAUAGCAAUGAAAAUAUUAUUUUUGUACACAACACAAUACACCUCAUUUCCCAGAUGGUAGACAACAUUAUUAUUGCUUGUGGAGGAAUUUUACCAUUGUUGUCAGCAGCCACAUCCCCAACUGGCUCUAAGACUGAAUUGGAAAAUAUUGAAGUGACACAAGGGAUGUCAGCAGAGACAGCAGUAACUUUUCUCAGCCGUCUAAUGGCAAUGGUUGAUGUGCUAGUAUUUGCCAGUUCUCUAAAUUUUAGUGAGAUUGAAGCUGAAAAAAACAUGUCUUCUGGAGGUCUAAUGCGACAGUGCCUAAGGCUUGUUUGUUGUGUGGCUGUGAGAAACUGCUUAGAAUGUCGGCAAAGGCAGAGAGAGAAAGUGAACAAGACAUCCCUAAUCGGCAGUAAAGCCCAAGAUGCUCUUCAGGGUGUAACUGCAUCAGCAGCAACCAAGACUCCCCUUGAAAAUGUCCCUGGCAACCUUUCUCCUAUAAAAGACCCCGAUAGGCUUCUUCAGGAUGUUGAUAUUAAUCGUCUACGAGCAGUGGUUUUUCGUGAUGUGGAUGACAGCAAACAGGCUCAGUUCUUAGCUUUGGCAGUAGUCUACUUUAUUUCUGUUCUGAUGGUCUCCAAAUACCGUGAUAUCCUAGAGCCACAACGAGAAACUGCAAGGUCUGGGAGCCAGGCAGGUAGAAAUAUCAGACAGGAAAUAAAUUCACCAACAAGUACAG